AUGUCUCUGAUCGAGGAGCUGCAAGAUAACUUUGGCAGUGGAUUGAAUAUAAAACUAUGUAAGCAUUAUACGGAAACGUAUUUAGAAUUCGAUUUAUACAAUCAGGAACCGUUUUGGCAGAGUAAAAAGAAAAAUUGGCCCACAUUAUCGCAAAUGUUGAACGACAUUAAAAACUGGCUUAAUCAGAUUACUGAAAUAGCUCACGAUAAUACGAAAGCAAAAUUAAAUGAUUUAAUCAAAGAUUUUAGAUUCAAAACUUUACAGAAAAUGAUUUUAUAUACGGCAAAUGGUGAAGACGAAGGGACACAAACUAUUGAAAUCGUGGACAAAAUGGUUAAAUCUCUCAUAGAUAAGACUAAAGAUUCAUCUUUUACAGCACAUAAAGAUAAAAAAAUAAGCUAUCAAAUUGGUGAAGCGACAUUGUUUCUAAAAGACGCUUCAUCCAGUAUAGUCCCGCGAUCUUUAACACCAAGUUUUAUUUGCGAAGUUCAUGAAAUAUUAAUGAAAGAUUUGAUGAGUGGGUGUUCUUCGGAAGAGGGAAAAUAUCGCUCUGCUAAAGCGUUUACAAAAUAUGCCCACGAACAGAUUGACUAUGAGGAUCCCGAGCAUAUCGAAAAUAGGCUUUGUCACCUUUGUGAUCAUUACAAUUACAUGCUGGUCUUCAUUUAUGAAAUUAGGAAUGACAAGCAAAAGCAAAUGGAAAUCGUUUUCAAGUGUUGUGCAUGGUUUAUCUUAAAUUUUUUAAAGAUACAUCCAUUUAGUGAUGGUAACGGUAGAACAGCAAGAUUGAUAGCUAGUUAUAUAUUAGGGAUUAUCUCACCUAUCGAAAUUCCUAUCUAUAAUGUUUAUAGUGACUCAAAUAAAGAAGAGUAUGUGCAAACAAUAAAACUUGGUCAACAGGAUUGUAGCAAACGAGGUUUACUAGCAAUUAUGAUCAUUGAAAGUUGUUGGCAUAUGCUGUUUGAUCUUGCAAAGAAAAUGAAAUUGUAG